ACCCCUCCCCCCGUCUCCUCCUCUUCUCCCCUCCCCCCUCGCGUCUGUGGCGGCUAUCUUCGUGUCCCUCUCCCUCCUCCUCCCCCUCUCCUAGGGUUUAUCCACCACCACCUAUCGCCUCUACCUACCACAAGAAUUUUUUUUACCAUCUAUAUUCCACCCCUGCCUUCUUUGCCCCCCGUACCUCCUGGAAUUUUCGCCUUCUUGGGAUCCAAUCCGCGAGGAGGGAAAGAAGGCGGGUUUAGAUCGAACUGGGACGGAGGGAGGAGGAGGAGGAGGAACCAUGGCGGCCGUUGCUCCUGGCGCUGGCGACCAGGCUACUGACAUGAUGCAGAAGCUGUCGUUGGAGAGCAAGAAGGAAGGCGCCACCCCUGACGCUACCAAGAAGCCUGCCGGGAUGCCCUAUGGAUCUGCAAGCGCCGGCGAUGCGCAGAAUGCGGCGUCGCCGGUGGACAGGUCGAUCACUCCCCUGCUCCAGGAGGCCGUGAAUGCCAACAUCUUGUAUCAGACCAAUGGAUAUGGACCCUCAGCAUAUUACUAUCCUACUGGUUAUGACGGCUCAGCCAAUGAAUGGGACUCCAGAUAUGCUGCCCAUGAUGGAACGGAGAUGCCUCCUCAGAGUGUUUAUGGUGACAUGUAUGGAUAUGGCUAUGCUCCCUAUGGCCCAUAUCCUUCUGGUUCUCCUGUCCCAACUGUUGGGCAUGAUGGCCAGUCAUACGGCGCACAGCAUUACCAGUACCCUGGUCAAUAUUAUCAGCAACCAGCUCCAACCAAUGCAAGCCAUGGCGUCAAUGCUGUCAAUUCUCAGUCUGAGAUGCCCUCUGUUGCUGCUCACCAGGCACGUGUUCCGGUUGAAUCAGCAAAAGCUAGUGCCAAUGGGACUGCUAAUGGGAUGGCAAAUACUAACAGUAGUUCAUUAGCACGUAAGCAAACCCAUCAAAAUGUAUCAGUAUUAAACAAUGGUUCAUAUGGAGGAGGGACUUUGCAAGGUGGACCAUCUGCUAACAAUUAUGGUCACAGUGGUCUUCAUUCUCCAGUUCAGUGGUAUGAUGGGCCAGUCUACUCUAAUGGGCAUCAGAGAUCAAAUACUAAUUCCACAUCUUAUGGUUCUAACUCGUAUUCAGCAAAAAAUCAGAGCCAGCGCCCAACUGCAAACCUCAUGGGUAUGCAUGCACAGAUACCUUCGUCGGGAAUGGGUUUGACAUCUCCUAGUUAUCAUACCAGGAUGUACCCAGACAACAGAUUAUAUGGGCAGUAUGGUCAGUAUGGGAACGCACUUAAAACUGGGCUUGGUUUCGGAUCAAAUAUGUACAACUCCAGAAAUAAUGGACGGUGGGGAAUUGUUGAUAGCAAGUACAAGCCUAGAGGUCGUGCAUCUUUUGGUUUUGGCAGUGAGAACCAAGAUGGCUUCACUGAGCUUAACAGAGGACCAAGAUCUGGAGGAUUCAAGCACCAAAAACAGUUUGGACCUUCUGUCACUAUUGCUGUGAAGGGCCAAGCCCUCCCCUCAGUCGGGAAACAGGAGAAUAGUGCCAUUCCAGAUAAGGGCCAAUUCAACCAGGAAGGUUUUCCAGUAACAUACAAAGAUGCAAAGUUCUUUGUUAUCAAAUCUUACAGUGAGGAUGAUGUGCACAAAAGUAUAAAAUACAAUGUGUGGGCAAGCACUCCUAAUGGAAACAAGAAGCUGGAUGCUGGAUACCGUGAAGCGCAGGAGAAAUCCAGUGAAUGCCCAGUCUUCUUGUUCUUCUCUGUAAACACAAGUGGCCAGUUUGUUGGUGUUGCUGAAAUGGUUGGUCCUGUUGAUUUUGAGAAGACAGUGGAUUAUUGGCAACAAGACAAGUGGAAUGGGUGUUUUCCAAUCAAGUGGCAUGUUGUCAAGGAUGUACCCAACAACAUCUUGAAGCACAUUACAUUGGAUAACAACGACAAUAAGCCUGUGACAAACAGCCGUGACACACAAGAGGUUAAGCUUGAGCAAGGUCUUGAAAUGCUCAAGAUUUUCAAGGACCACAUCAGCAAGACAUCAAUCUUGGAUGAUUUUGGUUUUUACGAGAACCGGCAAAAGCUGAUGCAGGAGAAGAGAGCUAAGCAGCAACUGCUUCAAGGACAGGGCUCUCUUGACAAUGCUUCACAUGAAAAGGAGAAGAAUGCAAUUGAUGGGAAAUCCACAGCUCAGAAGCAGGCAUUGAGCAAGGAGGGCACCCCUAUUGUCGGCGAAAUGCUGAACGCCUCAAAAUCUGCAGUUGAAAGCAGUGUAACAAAUGGCAAUUAGCGCGAUAUAUUUUCUGCGUUAAUUGCCACAGCCGAGCAGUCAGAUUGUGCAAAUUCUGAAGGUUCGCGGCGUGGCUGAGCGAUAGCUACUUGGGUUGGGACUUGGCAACUAAAUUUCGUAACAGACUUUCUAUAGGCUUGGUGCCUGGGGAGUGGGUCAGUUCUUACUUUGAUUUUAGCUCGUGUGACUGGUUUUUUGCGUCGUUAGGUCUCAUAUAUUACUCUUAUGACAUCGGGUUUUAUGUAACCCUUAUCCUUUUUGUUUUUUUUAGCCUUUUCAUCUAUUGUUAUUGUUAGCGAAGCAUCCAAAUUUCGAUAAAUCUGAACAACAGUAAGGUAGUUUUCCGAGUUUUGCAGCACUGGAGAAGGUAAUAAGACAAGAACUCUGGUUUUGGUUGGUCCUCC